AAAUCAGUGAGGAUUACUGAAUGGAUAUUAGUGUCCCAUUCAUUACUGCGCUGUGGGGCUAAUAUGUUUCUCAGCAGUGACUGCAUAGACAGCUGAACCAACCAAGGGAUCUCAGGAAGCUAAAAGACCAGUUAUAUUAUUCAUCUACAGCAACUCUGGACAUUGAUCCAAGACUUGAACUUCUUAAACUCCCUAAGUACGACAUACACCACUAAAUGAGGAAAGGAAAAGGAAAAUAAAAAAGCCUACCCAUUUUCUUUCUUAAGAACCUGGUUUUGCUUCUCUCUAAACUGUAGCAUGUUCUGAAACUUGAGAAAAACCAUUUGCCUAUUGCAGCUGUUAACUUCCUACAACUGAAAUACUUUCCAUUCCCUUUCAAAUAAGCCCUUCUGAAGCAGAAUGUGGAUCACAUGUAUCAUGCACACCAAAAAAAGUUUGCUGAGACUACUCCUAUCAUUUGUCCUAGGGUCCGGAAUAGGAAUCUUCACAUUCCUGGCAGAGCUCCAGCUGUUCCGGGUUGGGAUUGGUUACACCGCCUACUCUUUCUCCACCCCUUAACUUUCACUGGGAGAAAGCACUUUUGCCAGAGAUUAAAAGGACAGUAGUCAUGAGUGCCGAGUGUGCGGGGUCACAGAAGUGGGUCUUUCUGCAUAUGCAAAGCAUAUUUCUGGCCAGUUGCACAAAGAUAACGUUGAUGCCCAGGAACGAGAAGAUGAUGGAAAGGGAGAAGAAGAGGAAGAAGAUUAUUUUGACAAAGAGCUUGUUCAGUUAAUAAAACAAAGGAAAGAACAAAGUCGAAAAAAUGAACCUUCCCAUAGUAGCCAAGAAAUAAAUUCUGAUGACAGGCGACCUCAAUGGAGAAGAGAAGACCGAAUCCCUUACCAAGACAGAGAGAGCUAUGGUCAGCCAGCAUGGCAUCAUCGUGGACCUCCCCAGCGGGACUGGAAGUGGGAGAAAGAUGGCUUUAAUAACACUAGGAAAAACAGCUUUCAGCAUUCUUUGAGGAAUAGUGGUGGACCAAGAGGAUGUUCCGGGUGGCAUAAGGGUGUCUCAGGAGGCUCCUCAGCAUGGUUUCACAACCAUGGUAAUCCUGGAGGUGGUUGGCAUUCAAAUAAUGGAAUGGUAGAUUGGAAUCAUAAUGGUACAGGGAGGAAUUCCAGUUGGCAUUCUGAAGGAACAGGUGGAUUUUCCAGUUGGCAUAUGAACAGCAAUAACGGAAACUGGAAAUCCAGUGUACGUAAUACAAAUAGUUGGAAUUACAGUGCCUCUGGAGACAAAUUUCAACCAGGCAGAAACAGAAAUUCUAACUGUCAAAUGGAAGACAUGACUAUGCUAUGGAACAAGAAAUCCAAGUCAAACAAAUAUAAUCAAGAGAGAUAUAAAUGGCAGCGGCAAGAAAAUGACAAAGUUGGGACAGUGGGAACAUACAGAGGUCCUUCUGAAGGAUUUACAAGUGAUACAUUUCCUUCAGAAAGUUUACUUGACUUUAAUUUUGAGCAACUGGAAAGCCAAACUACCAAACAUACAGACACUCUAGCUUCCAAAAUUGGUGGGAAGAAUGGCAGUGUAGCGAGGGAAAAGCUCCAUCGCUGGACUCCCUACCCUACUCAGAAGACUUUGGAUUUACAAUCAGGAGUGAAAGAAGCCACGGGUAACAAGUCAGAAAUGACAGACAGACCUUUCUAUGAUUUUAGUUUGGCAGCCACAGGAACACAGGAGCCCCAAAUUGAUGACACAAAUAACCCCCCUACGCUGAAAACCCAAAAAGAAACACAUACUGAAUCUCUUAAUCACAAGGCCACUUCUGACUGUACUACUUCCUAUGAGGUGGUGAGAGAUUUCCCCAUUACAGAAAAACCUGAACAAGAGACUAACUUAAAUAAGAUGCCAUCAUUCAAAUCCCCACUCCUUCCAAUUCCAGUCACCAAACCAAUUCCUCAAAUGCAGGAGUCAAAGAAUCCCUCAAAAACCACAAAAACUAAUUCUUUUUUCCCUGGGGAACAGUCAAAUCCCUUGAAAAAACCCACUAUGGAAGAUAAUAAGGGUCCUUACCUAUCCAAAUUGCGUAGUUCAUGCCCUCGUGUCUCAAAGGGGAAUAAAAGUACACUUGAUGCUCAAAAGGAACCCGAUGAAAAUUUAAAUGAUACAUUACAAAAAGCCAAAGAGGUGCUACCGGCUCCUGAGUCAUUGCAAAAUCCUCUUCUGAGCACUUCUAAAAGGACGAGGAACUAUGCGAAAGCCAGCAGGAAUGUAGAAGAGUCUGAAAAAGGAUCUUUGAAGAUUGAGUUUCAAGUACGCUCAUUAGAAGAUGAGAGCGAUGGAGAGAUAUCAGACACAGAAAAGCAUGAAGCAAAAAUUGGAACCAUGGCCUCUUCAACCACAGAAGUAUUAUCCUGUAGCACUCACAUUACUGAUGAGAAAGAGGGGGAAGACCAACACCUGAACACAUCUAGAAAACUGUCCACUUCCUCAUUUAAUCCAGCCGUUCACCAGAAACCAUCUGAGUUACAGAUAACACCUGCAGCUAGUCCACACUCUGGCUUACUGCUAGACUUGAACCUGAAAGCCUCUCUAGAAGAUGCGCAGGUCGAUGACCCUAGUAAAUCUCCUGUAUCAUAUGAAACAGAAGGCUUUGAGAGUACUAGUCUGGAUGUAGAGCUUCAAAAAAGUGAUAUAGGUCAGCCCUCAGGCCCUCUCCUGCCUGAACUAAGUAAACUUGGCUUUCCCGCCUCACUCCAGAGAGAUCUAACCCGACACAUUAGUUUGAAGAGCAAACCUGGAUCCCACCUUCCUGAGCCAAACCUCAACAGCGCUCGCCGCAUUCGCAAUAUUAGUGGGCAUCGAAAGAGUGAGACAGAGAAGGAAUCUGGACUCAAGCCAACCCUACGGCAGAUCCUAAAUGCAUCUCGGAGAAAUGUCAACUGGGAGCAGGUCAUUCAGCAAGUAACCAAGAAAAAGCAAGAGCUAGGCAAAGGCUUACCCAGGUUUGGCAUAGAAAUGGUGCCUCUGGUUCAAAAUGAGCAAGAGGUCUUAGAUUUGGAUGGGGAACCUGAUCUGUCUGAUCUAGAAGGAUUCCAGUGGGAAGGUAUUUCCAUUUCUUCCUCGCCGGGGUUGGCAAGGAAACGAAGCCUUUCUGAGAGCAGCGUGAUCAUGGACAGGGCUCCUUCCGUGUAUAACUUCUUCAGUGAGGAAGGUACAGGCAAAGAAAAUGAGCCUCAGCAAAUUUCACCUAGUAACUCAUUGAGGGCUGCACAGAAUCAGAGAGCAGCCAUGGGACUGAAGCAGGAGGUGACACCUCUGGCUGCCUCCCUAAGAACAGGUGAAAGGGCUGAAAAUGUUGUCCAAAGGCGUCAUAGCGCACAGUUAUCCUCCGACCGUGCUGUACCUUUGAUGCAUUUUGCAAGAGACCCAAACAGUCAGGACCGUUCUACACCACCUCCAGAGAAUCAGAAUGCCCAGGAGAGUAAUGGAGAAGGAAACUCUUUAUCAUCAAAUGCAUCCUCAGCCCUUGCAGUCUCCAGUUUGGUAGAUGCAGCCACAGAUAGUAGCUGUACCUCUGGUGCGGAACAAAAUGACGGCCAAGGUAUUAGAAAGAAACGAAGAGCCACUGGAGAUGGAUCUUCCCCUGAACUCCCAAGUCUUGAGAGAAAAAACAAAAGAAGGAAAAUUAAAGGAAAGAAAGAACGUUCUCAGGUUGACCAGCUGCUGAAUAUUUCCUUAAGGGAGGAAGAACUAAGCAAAUCAUUGCAGUGCAUGGAUAACAACCUUCUGCAAGCCCGGGCAGCACUUCAGACAGCUUAUGUUGAAGUUCAGAGGCUACUUAUGCUCAAGCAGCAGAUAACUAUGGAGAUGAGUGCACUGAGGACCCAUAGAAUACAGAUUCUGCAGGGAUUACAAGAAACAUAUGAACCUUCUGAGCAUCCAGACCAGGUUCCCUGUAGCCUUAUACAAGAACAGAGGAACAAUAGACCUCAAACAUCUGCUGAUGCUGCAAUGCUGCCUACACCCUUCUUCCCAGUGUUUCUGGAGCCUCCAUCUUCCCAUGUGUCUCCAUCGUCCACUGGAGCCCCUCUCCAAGUCACCCCACCUCCUACUUUCCAAGUCCAUGGAGGUGUUCCUGCUCCAGACUCAUCGGUUCAAAUUAAACAAGAACCCAUGUCUCCUGAACAAGAAGAGAAUGUGAAUGCUGUGUCACGGAGCUCAGCCUGCAGUGUGACCAAGGAAUUACUGCAAGCUAAUAGAGAGAUCACUGACAGUGGUCCAGUUUAUCCAGAGGUCACAGCAGCGUUGUCUGCAUCAGCACUAAGGGAAAGUUUCCAUGAACCUAGCCAAGAAUUGAAGUUUUCCAUGGAGCAAAGAAAUACCAGAAACAGAGAAAAUAGCCCCUCUUCCCAAUCAAUUGGUCUUCCUACCCUAAGUAAAGAAGGUGAAGAGCCAGCCAAGGGGAACAGUGGGUCUGAAGCCUGUACCAGUUUUUUUCAAAGAUUGUCCUUUGCUUCAGAAACCCCUUUAGAGAAGGAGACUCACUCUGCAGCUGACCAGCCUGAACAACAGGCAGAGUCUACUCUGACAUCAGCUGAAACUAGAGGAAACAGGAGAAGGAAGAGACUUAGGAAGAAGAAAACUCUACGGGCUGCCCAUGUACCUGAGAACAGUGACACUGAACAGGACACAUUUACCGCUAAACCUGUAAGAAAAGUGAAAACUGGAAAGUCAACUAAAGGGGGGAAAGUAACAACCUCCACCUGGGAAGAUAGAACUGGCCCAGAACAAGAGAGUGUCAGAGAUGAGCCAGAUAGUGACUCGUCUCUGGAAGUCCUAGAAAUCCCUAAUCCUCAGUUUGUAAUAGUAUCUAUCAAUUCUUCUGAAUCCGGAGAAGAGAAACCGGACAGCCCAUCUAAAAAGGAUGUUUGGCACUCCACAGAGCAAAACUCAUUAGAAACUUCUCGUUCUGGCUGUGAUGAAGUUAGCUCAACCAGUGAGAUUGUCACUCGCAAUAAAGAUGGCAUCCCUGUAAGUGUGGCAGAAACUCAGACCGUGAUCUCCUCUAUAAAAGGAUCAAAGCACUCUUCAGAAAUUUCUUCAGAGCCAGGAGAUGAUGAUGAGCCCACAGAAGGGAGUUUUGAGGGGCACCAAGCUGCAGUUAAUGCAAUUCAAAUAUUUGGAAACUUAUUGUAUACCUGUUCAGCAGAUAAAACUGUCCGAGUUUAUAAUCUGGUGAAUCGGAAGUGCAUUGGUGUCUUUGAGGGCCACACCUCCAAAGUGAACUGCCUCCUGGUUACUCAAACCUCUGGGAAGAAUGCUGCUCUUUUUACUGGUUCCAGUGACCACACAAUUCGGUGCUAUAAUGUUAAGACUCGAGAGUGUAAGGAGCAGUUACAGUUGGAAGACCGGGUACUCUGCCUCCACAAUAGAUGGCGAAUCCUCUAUGCAGGACUGGCAAAUGGCACUGUGGUGACCUUCAACGUAAAGAACAACAAACGACUUGAGAUCUUUGAAUGUCAUGGCCCUCGGGCUGUCAGCUGUCUGGCCACAGCUCAGGAAGGUGCCCGGAGACUGCUGGUUGUGGGAUCUUAUGACUGUACCAUUAGUGUACGUGAUGCACGGAAUGGAUUGCUCCUCAGAACUCUGGAGGGCCACAGCAAGACCAUUCUUUGCAUGAAGGUGGUGAAUGACCUUGUGUUCAGUGGCUCCAGUGAUCAAUCCGUUCAUGCCCACAACAUCCACACUGGUGAGCUUGUGCGGAUCUAUAAAGGUCACAAUCACGCCGUGACUGUGGUGAACAUCCUAGGCAAGGUGAUGGUGACUGCUUGCCUGGAUAAAUUUGUCCGUGUCUAUGAAUUACAGUCCCACGACCGGUUGCAGGUUUAUGGAGGACACAAGGACAUGAUUAUGUGUAUGACCAUUCAUAAAAGUAUGAUUUAUACUGGCUGUUACGAUGGCAGUAUUCAGGCCGUGAGACUAAAUCUGAUGCAGAAUUACCGCUGCUGGUGGCAUGGUUGCUCUCUGAUAUUUGGGGUUGUAGAUCAUUUAAAACAACAUUUACUGACUGACCAUACGAAUCCGAACUUUCAAACUCUGAAAUGUCGUUGGAAGAACUGUGAUGCCUUUUUCACUGCUAGGAAAGGAUCCAAGCAGGAUGCUGCAGGACACAUUGAACGACAUGCUGAGGAUGACAGCAAAAUUGAUUCAUGAAGUUUUUUUGCCUCCCAUGUUGGGAAGUCAUUAAUGCAACUAAUAUCACAUUGGCCCCUCACACAGGCCACACUCUGUCUCCUUCCACAGGGAAUCAGGGAAGGAGGGAAAGAGAAGGUGGUCGGUUGUCAGUCAGGCUUACCACUAGCAUAAGUCUGGGCAGCUCUGUGGGGUGAUAUGUUACACUUUAAGUUCUUGCUGGAGGUUUGUUAGAUUUAAACAGAUUUUAAGGAACCAUACUCCUCUGGAAUGGCGUGGCAUAAAGUAAUUUAUGCUACUCAUGUUCUCCAGAUGUUUAUUAAAGAUACAGAUUCUAAUUGGUUACCCAGUUUGGGCUUGAUCAUAAAUUUUUUUUAAUUUCAGUUUGUGAUUUUUAGUUUAUGUUCUUAUGAUGGUUUAAACCAGUAGUCAGGCUCUUAAGUGUAAGUUUGUUCAAAUGCUAGACUUAGGAUCAGUUUUAAUUUCUCUAGUUGUAAUAACUGCAUUUGAAUUGAAAGCACAUAGUUUAAUUCUUAACAAUUAUGUUAGGUGUGUUUCAAGAUUCUCCUGCUUGUAGAUGGAUAGAGCUGGCUUAAAUGCAGGUCUUGAUGGAGUGCAUAGUUUGUGGCAGCACACAGACUUAAGAUUUACCUGGGAAUUUUGCUGUUAGACUGGGCACUCACUGCUGUAGGUAUUGUCAGGCUGUUUAAACUGGAAGUGUAACCUUUAUCUCCAUUUCUGGUUUCUAACUCUACAAGCCUAUUCUAGGCUUGAAACCUUCCAAUUUGCGCCAUUGCCAAUCCUUCUCUGUCCUAGUAUCUAGCUGUGCUAAACUGAUGGCAGCCAUGAAGUACUUCCUCUGGCUUACAGGUUACCUUCUACCCACCUGCAGCUCCCGAGAUAGAGGAGUUAGGAAAAAGAGUGUAGGAUCUCAAGCAGGCUUCUUAGAAAUUGAUUUCUGAUACUGAUGUUUUGCCUUUAUUUCUCCACUAGCUGGGAAAGAAGUAUGAUGAAGAUUAAGACUCUACUUGUCCAUUGAGAAAAGGAAAAUUAACGAAACCUUAGUGAACUUGCUUUGUUUUUUCAUUUUCUCUGGACUUAAUAAGAGAAGCUGUGAUGUUGUAUCCUGGUCUUUUAUUUCUGGAUUCUCAAAACUCUGAAAGUUUCUUUAGAGAGAUAAAAGAAGGAAAAAGAAUGAAUGCUACUCUAAAAGCUUUGGGAUGUGGGAUGCCAUCAGGGCUUAUGGAGAAAUUGCACGAGGGUAUGCAAACCCUCUGAAAUUGUAUGUGCAAGAUUCAGGAUGUGUUCUUUUUUUCCAGGAAAAGCUCCACUGGUUCUUACUAGAGCCAAAAAAAAAAUGUUAAGAAUUAAUCUAAUUCUUUAACCACAUUACUGAGAUUUGUGUGAUUACUUGAGAGAGAACAGAGACGAUCCUAUUGCAUAAAGAGUAUUUGUUCUAUUUCUGUAUGAGAUUAAGAAAAGUUUUCCCAUCUCUCUCCCCCAUUUCCUAUAAGGGUGAUCAGAGAAGCCAGGCUGUUCUGUGGUGUUGGGAAUUGUGAUGCUCCAGGGAAGAACAUUUGCGUUUAUUGCUGACCCUGGUGUUUUCCUCUGGGCUGUAGUGAAGCCACACUGCCUUGUUGACCGGGUAGUGUGCUAAAGAAAGUCUUGCCUGCUCUGUUGCUCAGGUGCCUUUCUGUCCUGCCUGAGGACAUGUCUGAAGAGAUGAGAGUGGUGGAACCUUGUACAGCAGGGGGCAUGUGAGGUGCUGGGACUUUUUUCACGGGGAACUUUUCCAAGUACAGACAGACUGACUCAGUAAGAACCGCCCUGGGUUUAACUUUGGUGGGAUUGUCCAGUCUGUCUGCCUUUGUGUGUGCAUGUGUGGAGGUUCCUCAUCCAUGUGUAUACACACCAGGCACCUGUACUUGUAAUACUUUUCCUCACUUCACAGUAAUCUUUGAAGCAGUGACAGUGUGGUCUUUGUUUCAAAAAUGUAUAAAAUUCAUUUAACAUCAGGUUAGAGUGUUAUCCCGGAUGCGCUAUUGCGGUCCUCUGUUUAAAAAUAAAGGCGCUGCAAGCAUUCUGACUGCUUAUGGUUGUAUGCCGUUACUUUUAAGUAUCUUGAAAGUCAUGCAGAACGUGGGCUAAUUUUGUCUUGACCGAUUUGUGCCCGUCUCCCCUCAGAGAAGAGUUUUGGCUCAGGGAUUUGCAUUUGAUGUAGGAAGGAAACUGUUACAUAACCUGACAAAAAACUCAACUCAUUUCCUAUAAGUAGUUGGAGGCUGUUUUUAGAAUGUUAUUUUUAAUGGCCCCCGCCUACUUCUAAUGACUGGAAGCCAAGAAAACCACCGCAUAAAUUCCUUUGUGUGCAUGUGCUAGUGUUUUAAUGGCAGUUUGUUCUGAUAAACUCAGUCAAGUUUUAUGCUAAAGUUUUUAAUCAGGUUCGGAAUGUCUUUGGACAUACUCCUUUACUCAGCUAUAAAGCAAUUAAACCCAGUGCAAACAAAACUCUAAAAGCAAAGAAUUAUCUUAACCUGAUGUUACUUGAAUUUGAGAGAACAUCAUUGCUGCUACACUUCUGCUUUUGUGGGGAAAUGUUUUUCUGCCUCAGAAGCAUUAGCAGCUGAGUAUUUAGUUCCUGACCUACCUAUAAUUUAUAGGCAUUAUUGCUGUUUAAGUGAUUAUUUGCCUAAUGAAAGGUUGGGAUUUUUUUUGGGGGGGGCAUAGAUUAUGCAGUGGACAGCUUUAGUGAUUAGGUAUGUGGAUGAUUUGGUGGGAGUAGGUGUACAACACUUAGUUGGAUGGUAUCGUAUAUUUUAUGGAAGAGAAUUUAUUGUGAAGGGCAGAUUGAAGUAUAUUGUGGGAUUUGAACAGCACGUACCUUGGUUUGCUCAAAUAACUGCAAUUUAUAUAAGCUUAUGAAUUUUGUUUCUUUUGCCUAAAGGAGAGCUCCUAAAACUGUUAUGAAGUCCAUGCCUGCCACACUGAUAAAAUAAUGAUUUCAUCCCUGCCUCAAAUCAUCAGAAUCCUUAGGAUUUCAGAAAGGUUGUCUAAUGGAUAGCUAUAGAAGUUACAGUGGAAGUGAUUUGAGCUAUACCGAGUUCCACAUGCAAGUCUGUGUGAAAUCCUGAUGUAAACCAAACUUACUUAUCAGACAAUAACCUCUAACCUCACCCCCAACUCCAAGUAUGUGGUUCUGCUGGGUCACAAUGUGACUAGUUUCUCAGAUUUGCUCCAAAGUUAAGGUAGUAGCCCUGUGGAAUUUGGAAUGAGGGGGUAUAGGAGAGGUUGUUGAAGAUCUUUCUCCUGCUUCAGCAAAAUACAUACCCUAGAGCUGCCCCAGCACCCUUGGUAUCUGAUACUUUUUUGUAUUGAAUAUGGAUUAGAAGAAUGAAAUCAGAUGGACACCUGGCUGCAAAAUAUUUCUAAGCAAAUAGCCUAGUCUUCUUACAUUUGGUAUAAAGCUGUGAACUUCAUAACUUUGUAAAGCAAGAUAUAAAACAAAUACAAGAAGAAAAUAAAGUACUUUUACUAAUUGACUAUUUGCUUUUGUCACCUUGACUGCAUAUUCAUAGCCAACCCUUUCUUUUCUAUGUUGUGUAGAAAGCAAGAAGGAAAUUGAGUGGGAAAUGCAAGAUGGUUACAGAUAGGCUAUAGACCAUGCUCUAGAUGAUAAAUGUGACAAACAGCUACAUUUAAGAAUUUGUUCAAGGCUAUACAGCAAGUCAAUUAGCAGUAGAGCUCUGCUUUAUUAAUACUCUGGUAGCUGUCCCUGAAGUUAAAGGACCCCCUACACCUUAUUCUUGAUGUCCUUUCUAUACAUCAACAACUAUUCCCCUUUCCUUGUAUAUCUUGAAAAGUUAUCUGAAUAAUUCCUAUACUCAAGGAAUAGCAGUAGGCAUGAUUAAAGUAAGGCUCCAGUUUUGUUUGUGUACGUGU